AUGGCCUCCUCGAGUUCCUUAUCUGCGAAUGCUCGCCGUUUCCGCAUGCGUUCGUUGGCGAGGUAUGACAUGAAGUUCGUCGGUAUCGCGUCUGAGCCGCUUUCUUUGGUCCCUGGGAAAGAAAAAGAAGGCAAAAAAUUAGCCGUGGAUGCCGACGUUCUCAAGGAAAAUGAGAAAAAAGUCAAGUACCUAAGGAGCGUGUGUCCUGUUUACGUCGGAGCUUUUUCAUCAGCGUCUGCAUGCGACGACGACGACCAUUCGCCGAAAAAGCUAUCCCCGUUGACCGAUUCGUCCCUGGUGAUGUCUUCUGGGCACUUUUCUCCGCGCGGAGUGCAACAAGCGCCGGAUACCCCUACUGGUCGAGUGAUUGAAAGCACGUUACGGGCGACGUUGGAGGAGAGUGCGAGACGAGAGCUGAUAGGAGAUCCGUUCCCGGAAACUGGGCUACGAAAUCGCCACAACGCCGGGAUGUCGAAUGAUGUGGACGCCAUUCUGAGUGCGCAUCAAGCGGAACAAGAUCGUGUGGCCGAAGAGAUGCUUCAUUUGGCGCAAAGCUUGAAAGAACAGUCUCAGGCGGCGAAAGCUAUCAUCUGCAAGGAUAAAGAUUCGUUCAAAGUUGUUGUUUAUUUUAACGACUCAUUUAUGCGGCUGAAGACCGACUGA